AAGCAUGCUGUUUAUACAUUGUGAAAUAACAUCUGUGAAAUCUAUUUGCGACUCCUGCAAUGAAAUGAACGUGAUUCCAAUUUUUUUCUUCUUUUUUUUUUUUAUAGCGUUAAAGGGCAGAAAAUGUGACGUACUACAUAUCGACAAUGUUUUAUUUCUGUUUCGUAUAUUUAGAAUACGCUAGAAUAUAAAUGUUUUUUCAUAAGUUUGUAUUUACUUCCCAAGUUUGUUGUAUAAUCCAAUUAAUAUCGCUUUUAAUCUGUAAUAAAUGUAAAACUAUAACUUUUUACAAGUCAGUCUAUUUGCGAAGUAUCAUCCUGUGUGAAAAAUCCCGUUCGAAGCGUCGGCACACGUAAUCCCCAUGAUAAAAUUUCGUACCGGGUAUUUAAAGCUUAUCAUUUCAUCAAUUCAAUAGCUUCAGUAUACAGGAAAUCAUAAUGCAUUCAUAUUCAAUGCAUAUGUAAUUAAUUGAAAAUAUGCAGCGAAGCCAGAGCGAUAAGCUAUAUGUCAUUUAAUUUCUUUACCUUUCUUAAAAGAACCAAAUUAACUCCCCCAUCGAUCAGUCUACGGAAGAAAAGUGCUCCAAAAGCAGAGUUACAGAAGACAGUUUUGAUCGCGAUCCCUAAUUCUGUGGAAUUUCGCAACUACAAGUCGAACAAAGUGUACAAGAAAGCCAUCACACUACGAAAUGUCAGUACGUCUCUAGCCAGAUUUCAAUUGGCAGUUAGACCUGAUUAUUCACGAUUCACCGUCAUGAUUGAAUAUAAAGGACAAAGAGGAGGUAUUUUUCCAGGAAUGCAUGUGAGAUUGGUUAUUUCUUUUCGCUCUGAUGUCUUGGACGAAUUUGAUGAACCGCUAGUGAUAAAUGUGCAACACGGACGUUCGGUGGUGAUUAAAUUACGCGGAUAUCGUGAUCCACCGAUAUUGAAAGUGAUUAAUAUUCCAUAUUUGCAAUGUCCGCAAAAAGAAUGGCACACAAUGACAAGAAAUGUAGAAUGGAUCACAGAACUUCCGUUUGAACGAACAAAUUCUCACGAAGAAUCUGAUGAUUCACCUACCGAUAGAAGCAACAGCGCAUCGAGCACAUCCACAGAGGAAGUCUUGAAUUGUAAGAAAUUAAAGACCUUUGAUUGUGGAGAAUGUCUUGUGGGUGAACAAGUUACUUUAUCCUUGAUGGUUAAAAACAUCGGCGGCGAGGGAAGAUUCUUCAUCAUGAGCGAAAUCGAUUGGUUUUCGAUGCAUAUCGAGGAUGUUACUACUAAUAAUAUGCUGAUUUUGCCAUCUUUUGCUAUGUGGCCUGCAUAUUUUACACUCAAAUCUCAAGAAUAUAUGUAUCUGUAUAUCUACUUCUCUCCUGACACUCACGGAAUGCAUAUGGAACCAAUAUAUGCGAUUUGCGACAAUUGUUCUGUGAUAGCAACAGAGAUCGUCGGAGAUGCAGUCACAUAUAAGCAGCAGUAGAACUAUGAGGUAUUUAUUCUGUCUUGUAUAUACGUUCAUGUUAAUAAUUCGCACUUUCUUUAAAAUUAAAAAGAAAACAAUUUUUUUCUAUCAAUUUUAAAUAAAA